AUGUGGCCUGAUUUGAUCAAAAAAUCAAAAGAAGGAGGAUUGGAUGCUAUAGAAACAUAUGUUUUCUGGAAUGCGCAUGAACCUGCUCGUCGUGAGUAUGAUUUCAAUGGAAAUAACGAUCUCAUUAGAUUUCUCAAAACCAUUCAAGAGGAAGGACUUUAUGCUGUUCUUCGCAUUGGCCCUUAUGUCUGUGCCGAAUGGAAUUAUGGAGGGAUCCCCGUGUGGGUUCACAAUCUUCCCGGUGUUGAGAUUCGGACCGCAAAUCAAGUGUACAUGAAUGAAAUGCAAAAUUUUACUACUUUGAUUGUGGAUAUGGUCAAAAAAGAGAAACUUUUUGCUUCUCAAGGCGGUCCCAUUAUUCUAUCUCAGAUUGAGAAUGAAUAUGGGAAUGUGAUGUCGACGUAUGGGGAUGCUGGCAAAGCUUAUAUAAAUUGGUGCGCCAACAUGGCCGAGUCCUUGAACAUUGGUGUUCCAUGGAUCAUGUGCCAGCAACCCGAUGCUCCUCAACCAAUGAUCAAUACUUGCAACGGUUGGUAUUGUGACGACUUUGAACCCAAUAAUCCCAACAGUCCUAAGAUGUGGACCGAAAAUUGGGUUGGCUGGUUCAAGAAUUGGGGUGGCAAAGAUCCACACAGAACCGCUGAAGAUGUUGCCUAUGCUGUUGCAAGGUUUUUCCAAACCGGAGGCACAUUCCAAAACUAUUAUAUGUAUCAUGGUGGAACCAACUUUGGUAGAACAGCUGGUGGUCCAUAUAUUACUACUUCAUAUGAUUAUGAUGCUCCUCUUGAUGAAUAUGGAAACAUUGCUCAACCAAAAUGGGGUCACCUCAAAGAACUUCACAGGGUUCUGAAAUCAAUGGAGAAUAGUCUUACCAAUGGAAACGUAACCGAAAUUGAUUAUGGCAACUCUGUGAAGGUUACAAUGUAUAAAACAAAUGAUUCAUCAAGCUGCUUCGUGAGCAACACCAACACCACCACUGAUGCCACAGUAAUAUUUGGAGCCAAUACAUACACUGUUCCUGCUUGGUCUGUUACCCUUCUUCCUGAUUGUCAAACCGAAGAGUAUAAUACAGCCAAGGUAAAUGUUCAAACCUCUGUCAUGGUAAAGGGUAAAAACAAAGAUGAAGAUGAGCCAACUGCUUUGAAGUGGGUGUGGAGAGCUGAGAAUAUUGAUCAUGCUCUCCUUGGGAAAGCUAAUGUCUCUGAACAUGCACUUGUUGAUCAAAAAAGAGCUGCUAAUGAUGCCAGUGACUAUCUUUGGUACAUGACAAGACUUGAUAUUGAUGAAAAGGAUCCAGUUUGGACAGAUGAUAUGUCUCUUAGGAUCAACGGUAGCGGUCAUGUAAUUCAUGCAUUCGUCAACGGAGAACAUAUUGGCUCCCAUUGGGCCACAUAUGGCAUUCACAACGAUAAAUUUGAAACUAUCAUUAAGUUGAAGCGUGGAAAGAACAUUAUCAGCCUGCUUAGUGUCACCGUUGGACUUCAGAACUAUGGGCAAAACUAUGAUAAAUGGCAUGCUGGUCUUGUUGGGCCUAUUGAGCUAGUUGCGAGAAAAGGUGAUGAGACCAUAAUCAAAGAUCUAUCCUCACACUAUUGGUUAUACAAGGUUGGGUUGAAUGGUUGGGAUAACAAAUUUUUCAGUGAAGGCUCACUCUUUGCUUCUCCUUUAAAAUGGGAAUCUGAUCAGCUACCCACAAACAGGAUGUUCACUUGGUAUAAGACCACUUUCAAAGCUCCUUUGGGGUUAGACCCUGUUGUGGUGGAUUUACAAGGUAUGGGAAAAGGUUAUGCUUGGGUGAAUGGUCAGUGUCUUGGUCGCACAUGGCCUAGUUACAACGCUGAUGAGGAUGGUUGUAGUGAUGAUCCUUGUGAUUACCGUGGUGAUUAUUCUGACGAAAAAUGUGUUACCAAUUGUGGGAAACCCUCACAGAGAUGGUACCAUGUCCCUCGUUCAUUUAUUCAAGAUGGUGUGAACACAUUGGUUUUGUUUGAGGAAAUUGGUGGUAAUCCAUCACUAGUGAAUUUCCAAACAGUUAUUGUUGGCACUGCUUGUGCAAAUGCUUAUGAGAAUAAGACUUUGGAAUUGUCCUGCAAUGGUCGUUCCAUCUCGGCUAUAAAGUUUGCAAGUUUUGGAAAUCCACAAGGUGUAUGUGGAGCAUUUAGCAAGGGCAUUUGCGAAAGCAAAAAUGAUGCUUUGCCCAUUGUGCAAAAUGCUUGUGUGGGCAAGGAAUCGUGCUCAAUUGAAGUUUCAGAAAAAACAUUUGGGUCAACCAGUUGUGGAGAUAUGGUUAAGAGGCUAGCUGUGGAAGCAGUUUGUUAA